CAACUGCACUACACGCGCAAGGAACCGAAGCGCGCGUACUACCUCUCGCUCGAGUUCCUGAUGGGCCGCACGCUGGACAACGCGCUCCUGAACCUCGGUUUGAAGGAGUCCUACAACGAGGCGAUCGACAAGCUCGGGUUCAACCUCGAGGACCUGCUCGAGCAAGAGCGCGACGCUGGGCUCGGUAACGGCGGCCUCGGGCGGCUCGCAGCAUGCUACCUCGAUUCGAGCGCGAGCCAGGAGCUGCCGGUGUGGGGCUACGGCCUGCGCUACAAGUACGGCAUCUUCCAGCAGCUCAUCUCGCCCGAGGGCGCACAACUUGAGGCGCCCGACCCAUGGCUCGAGCACGACAACCCGUGGGAGCUCCCUCGCCUCGACGUCGUGUACGAUGUGCGCUUCUAUGGCCAUGCAGAGAAGCUGGACAACAUGAAGGCAGUCUGGAGCGGCGGCCAGGAGGUGCUGGCGAUGGCGUAUGACACGAUGAUCCCUGGGUACGAGACGAAGUGUACGAACAACCUCAGGCUUUGGGAGAGCAAGCCAAAGCGAGGCUUCGACUUGAACAGCUUCAAUGCUGGUGACUACGAGCGCGCGGUUGAGUCCUCCAACAGCGCAGCAGCGAUCACGGCUGUCCUCUAUCCCAAUGACCAUACGACUUUCGGAAAGGAGCUGCGCCUCAAGCAGCAAUACUUCUGGACGGCCGCCAGCUUGGCUGAUAUCAUGCGUCGCUUCAAGAACAUGGACAAGCCGAUCACUGAACUACCUGACUAUGUUGCCAUUCAACUGAACGACACUCAUCCCACGCUCGCCGUUCCCGAGCUUAUGCGCAUCCUCGUCGACGAAGAGGACGUCCCUUGGGACCUGGCCUGGCAAAUCACCACGAACGUAUUCUUCUUCACGAAUCACACUGUGCUGCCGGAAGCGCUGGAGAAAUGGGCCGUCCCGUUGAUGUCUCACUUGUUGCCUCGCCAUAUGCAAAUUAUCUUCGAUAUCAACAUGAUAUUCUUGCAAGCGGUCGAAAAGAAGUUCCCAGGAGACCGUGACAGGCUGGCAAGGAUGUCCCUCAUCGAAGAGGGCUACCCUCAACAAGUGCGCAUGGCGAACCUCGCUUGCAUCGGAAGCCGAAAAGUGAAUGGUGUCGCGGAGCUUCACUCGGAGUUGGUCAAGACGACCAUCAUGAAGGAUUUCGUAGACUUCUUCGGCGUCAGCAAGUUCUCCAACGUAACGAACGGCAUCACUCCGCGACGAUGGCUCGACCAGUGCAACCCCGGCCUUAGCCAGUUGAUCAGCGACACUUUGAAGAUGCCCAAGGCCGAGUUCCUCAAAGACCUGUUCAAGCUCGAGGGUCUCCUGAAGCAUGUAGACGACCCGACUUUCCACAAGAAGUGGGCAGUGAUCAAGCAGAGCAACAAGGAGCGCCUUGCGCGAUACGUGGAAUCAACGCUGGGCCUCAAGAUCAAUACGCACGCUAUGUUUGAUGUGCAAAUCAAGCGGUUGCACGAGUACAAGCGCCAAACGCUAAACAUCAUGGGUGUCAUCCAUAGAUACCUAACCCUGAAGGACAUGACGCCUGCCGAGCGCAAGAAAGCUAAUCCGAAGGUCGUUUUCUUUGCUGGCAAAGCGGCACCUGGCUACUAUGUUGCUAAGCUGACCAUCCGUCUCAUCGUCAAUGUCGCACGUAUCAUCAACGCCGAUCCGGACACGAAAGACCUGCUCCAGCUCUACUUCCUCCCUGACUACUCCGUGUCGCUUGCUGAGGUGCUGAUCCCCGCAUCGGACAUCAGCCAGCACAUCUCGACGGCUGGCACAGAAGCGUCUGGAACGUCGAACAUGAAGUUCUGUCUCAACGGUGGUCUCCUUGUCGGGACUGUCGAUGGUGCGAACAUCGAGAUUGCAGAGGAAGUCGGCGAGAACAAUGUCUUCUUCUUCGGGCACCUGACGCCCGCUGUCGAGGAUCUGCGCUAUCAGCACAUGUACCACUCAGUUCCUGUCGAGCAGAAAUGCCCUGCCUUGGCUAGAGUCCUGAACGAGGUCUCUGCUGGGAGAUUCGGUGACGGCGGUGUAUACGAGCCACUCCUCAAUACCAUUCGUCAAAACGACUACUACCUGCUGACGGAAGACUUUGAUUCUUACAUCGAGGCUUUAAGGCUUGUUGACCAGGCUUACCAGGACCGCACCGAGUGGAUCAAGAAGAGCAUCCGGACGACUGCGAAGGCUAGUAUCCACAAAUCCCUUCGUAUAUCGCGGUAUUGACAGCGACACUCCACAGAUGGGCAAAUUCAGCUCAGAC